AUGGCAGGCUCCGUCGCCUGUACGGAAUGCCGCAGGUCGCAUUUGAAAUGCAAUCUUCAACGGCCAGUCUGUGCCCGAUGCGCCACCAAUCGGCUGUCGUGCACCUAUCUCCCUUCUAGACGUGGGGGCAGGCGAGUUCCGCGCCAGCAGGCCGUCUGCCCUCCUUCGGCCGAUCGCCCGCGCGCCGUGGCAACGCCGAUCCCGGCUUCGCCAGCCUGGCCCACGCCCGCCGCCGUCCGAUCUGAAGGACGCGAUGGUGGUGGUGGUGGUGGUGGUGGCGACGCAAACCACGGACGCUCCCCGGCGCCGAGUCUGAGCAAUCCCGGAAGCGGAAGCGGCAGCGGCAGCGGCAGCUACUCAUCCGGGAGCCUGGCAAGCCACAGACCGCCACCCAACGAGGGCUCGUCGGCGCAGCAGCAGCAGCAGCAGCAGCAGCAGCAGCAGCAGCCGUAUGUCCCCGAAGCUCGCCUCGUCCAUCUCUACUAUACCUUUUUCCACCAGGCGCAUCCCAUCCUCGUGCCUGCCGCCUCGUACAACCGUCAAGACCAGCCCGACUAUCUGCAUCAAGUUGUCCGGUUCAUCGGAAGCCACUACUCCAAAGUCCUUCGGGGGGACGAUUUCCUGGAGCAGACCGCUGUGCUGCUGAGCAGGGACGAGAGAUCGCCCGCCAUGGUGCAGGCGCUGCUGCUCUUUUCCAUCAUCAUGUCGGCGCGUAAUAGCAGACGCGAAGCCGUGUCGGCGCUGUCCCGCGCCGUGAGCCUCGCGCUGGACCUGGGCAUGAGCCGGGCCGACUUUGCCGUGCGCUACGCGGACGGCUCCGAUUUGCAGACGGAGAGUCUCCGAAGGACCUGGUGGGAGCUGUACAUUUGGGAGAUUUACCUGGCCCUCCCCGAUGGCAAAUUCACGCUUCGUUGCAGCGACGUGGACGGCGGAGCGUAUUUGCCCUGUGAAGAGGCUGCUUACGCACCGUCGUCGUCGGCUUCUCAGCGGGGGCCGCCGCCGCCGCCGAGGACAUUUUCUGCCUUUCGGGCGAGGCUAUUCAGCAACCCCGAAGGUGACUCUGACGACAACGGCAGCACGGAGCAGCAGCAGCCGCCGUCAUCAUCAUCAUCACAGCCGCCAUCCCACUUUUCAUCCUACAGCUACCGCAUCGAGGCGUUUCACAUACUGGCCAGAGUCAUGGUGCUCAACACGCUGCACGAGACGCACCCGGACCACCUGCAGAGCGUCGUCAACAUGAUUGUCAGCUGGGGCCACCUCCUCCCGCCCUGCAAGGUCGACGUCGUCGACAUGUACGGCAACAUUGACGAGAUGCUGUUCCAGGCGCAAUUCAUCAUCCACUACGCCGCGGCGCUCCUCCACGUGCCCCGGAGCAACCUGCGGCCCAAGUUUCCCGACUUGCCCAGCACGAUAUGCCCAGAGACGCCCGUCCGCCUCUCGCCCUCGCUCACCAGACACAUUCACGACGUCAAGGCCACCGAGGCCUCCAAGGAGCUGUCGAACCUGCUCUCUGUCCACUCCAGGCCCGAAGGGUACAGCCCGUCCAUGAUUCCCGGCGCGGUGCUGAGCGGCCUGGUGCAGCUGGCGGCGGCCGAGGCGCACGCCUCUGAGUGCUUUGAGCACCACCAAAACAGGGCGAUUCUCGUCCUGGCCACCCUCAGCAUCCUCAAGAUGCAGUGGGCGACGGCGAGGGAAGCGUACAGCCAUGUCAAAGCGGCGGCGGCGGCGCACAUGACCGUCGCGGCCGCAUGCGCUACCGCCAGCCAGCCAGUCGCGGCGGCGGCGGCGGCGGCGGCGGCGCAGCAGCAGCCAUCACAGGUUCAGCAGGCCUUUGGCGGUGCAGACACGCGCAUGUACGAUGAGUCGAAUACGAAUGCAGCGUAUAAUGCAAAUGUAAUGGACACAACCAUGAGCUCGAGCACCAUGGACCCCAUAGAUAGGAUAUUCAUGGCUGGACUACUGUCACCUCACAUUGACCCAACGUGUGGCGAGCCAUUGGCGCUGAACCAGUUUGCAAACUUUGAUUGA